AUAAAUGAGAAAAGCCAAACGUGGCAACAAAAAAAAUAGAAACAAAAAAUACUCCGUGAUACUGACAGUAGUACUUUAUGGAAAGGGGCUUUUCUGUCUUUUUAAAAGGAAAAGUAGUAACGAUUUUUUAACAAACUUGAUUAUUGGGUCCAAUAGAACAACGCCACGUUUAAUCUUUCAUUUCCCGCCAAAUCUCAAGGUUCAUCAAUGGCGUCGUUCCUCAUUCUUGUUUCGUCAUUGUUUAUCUUCUUUUUCUUUUCUUUCUCCUUCGCUCUUCCACGGGAAGCCAUAUUCGACGCCGCAGAUGUUCUCUCCGAUUCAGGUUUCGUCUCCAUGUCCCUCACACUCGAAAUCGUAGCUGAAACUCUUCUCGAACAGUCACCUUCCGCCACCGUCUUCGCUCCUUCUGAUUCCGCGUUCAAGAAAUCCGGUCAACCGUCACUCGACCUUCUCCGCUUCCACUUCGUUAUGUUACCGCUUCCGCCUCAGAGUUUCCGGCGACUUCCCUCCGGCGCCAAGCUUCCAACGAUGCUCACCGGUCAGUCUCUAACCGUCACCACUUCUCCCUCCGAUCAAUCGACCUCUCUGAACAACAUCAAAAUAAUUGGAUCGCCGAUCUACGACGACGGUUUUCUCCUAGUCUACGGAAUCGACAGAUUUUUCGAUCCUAGUUUCCAGUACAACGGUCCAAAUCCGAAACCUAAUUCCAAUUCCAAUCUCAAUUCCUCGUGUACAGCUACGAAUCGCACUAUGAACUCCUCCGAUUCCUUUGAUCAAGUCAUCGGAACGCUAAAAUCUAGCGGCUACUCAGCAAUGGCCUCAUUUCUCGGAAUGCAACUCUCCGGUGACAUAGACCAGAACGGAAUCACGGUGUUCGCUCCAGCGGAUGAGAUGGUGAUAAACCGUAUCGGCGAUUUCGAAGACUAUCCUUCAUUCUUCCGUCGCCACGUGGUGCCAUGCAAGUUUCUUUGGAACGAUCUAGUGGAUUUCGUUGACGGUUCAGAGUUACCAACGUUCCUGGAAGGUUUCACCAUUAACAUAACAAGAUCCGGUGGAGUUUUGGUUCUUAACGGCGUACCGGUUUUCUUUCCGGAUAUAUUCUUCAAUGAUAGGGUUGUUGUUCACGGCGUUAGUGAUGUUCUUGCUGUGCAAGUGCAAGACGAUACUAGUGCAGUUGUGGAUACUGAUUUUUUCUCUGAUGAUGACCAGAAUGUGUUUGAUCCUGGUGAAUUUUGAAGUUCCUUUCAUUUUUUCAUUACUGAUUUGAGAUGUGUAUGCCUCUGCUACCAUCAAUAUAGUGUUAUGGCAUUGUAGAAUGAGGUUUUACAAAUGAAAUAUUUCUUUGAUUGUUUAGAAUACCUUACUCAAAUUAAUAAUGAUGCAAGGUCACUUGAGCUUCUUGCAA